AUGACGGAUUCCAACCCAGUCAAGGAGGUUGAGGCCUCGAUGGCCAACCUUCUGCUCGAUGAGGUCACUGGCGAGCGAGUCUCCAAGACCGAGCUGAAGAAGCGCCAGAAGCUGCGCGAGAAGGAGGCUAAGAAGAAGGAGAAGGAGGCGAAUGCUCCUCCCAAGCCCGAGAAGAAGGUCUCUGCGGAGGAGGAGGAGGCCAACCUGACCCCCAACCAAUACUUCGAGAUUCGCAGCAAGAGAAUCAACAAGAUGCGCGAGACCAAGCAGCCUGAUCCCUACCCCCACAAGUUCCAGGUCACCGAUGACCUGCGCGAAUUCCUCAAGAACUACGAGGGUCUCGCAAAGGGCGAGCAGAAGCCCGAUGUCACCGUCCGUAUCGCCGGCAGAAUCUACACCAAGCGGUCGUCCGGCUCCAAGCUUUUCUUCUACGAUAUCCGGGCUGAGGGUGUCAAGGUGCAGGUCGUGUGCCAGGCCCAGAACGCCACCGGGGAUGUUCCAUUCGAGGCUCAGCACGAGCAUCUGCGCAGAGGUGAUAUCGUCGGUAUCGUCGGUUUCCCCGGCCGCACCAGCCCCAAGAACCGCGCCGACGGUGAACUGUCCAUCUUCGCUACCGAGGUCGUCCUCCUCGCUCCCUGCCUGCACGCCAUCCCCUCCGAGCACUACGGUUUCCAGGACAAGGAGCAGCGUUUCCGCCAGCGCUACCUCGAUCUGAUCAUGAACGAGCGGUCUCGCAACGUCUUCGUCACCCGCUCCAAGAUCGUCAGCUACGUGCGCAACUACUUCGACAGCCGCGACUUCAUCGAGGUCGAAACCCCCAUGAUGAACGCCAUUGCUGGUGGUGCGACCGCUAAGCCCUUUGUCACUCACCACAACGACCUUGACAUGAACCUGUUCAUGCGUGUGGCUCCCGAGUUGUACCUGAAGAUGCUGAUCGUCGGUGGUCUGGAGCGUGUGUACGAGCUUGGCCGUCAGUUCCGUAACGAGGGCAUCGAUCUCACCCACAACCCCGAAUUCACCACGUGCGAGUUCUACUGGGCGUACGCCGACGUCUACGAUGUCAUGAACCUGACCGAGGAGCUGAUCUCCGGCCUGGUCAAGCACGUCACCGGUGGCUACGAGACCACCUUCCACACCCAGUCCGGCGAGGUCUACAACGUCAACUGGAAGGCUCCCUGGCGCCGGGUCGAGAUGAUCCCCGCUCUGGAGGAGGCCACGGGCGAGAAGUUCCCGCCCGGCGACCAGCUUCACACCGCCGAGACCGGCGAGUUCCUCAAGCGCAUUCUCAAGAAGACCGGCGUCGAGUGCUCGCCCCCACUCACCAACGCCCGUAUGCUCGACAAGCUCGUCGGCGAGUUCAUCGAGGAGACCUGCGUCAACCCCACCUUCAUCACUGGCCACCCACAGAUGAUGUCGCCGCUGGCCAAGUACCACCGCCAGCACUCCGGCCUCUGCGAGCGGUUCGAGGCCUUCGUCUGCAAGAAGGAGAUUGUUAACGCCUACACCGAGUUGAACGAUCCCUUCGACCAGCGCCUCCGCUUUGAGGAGCAGGCCAGACAGAAGGACCAGGGUGACGACGAGGCGCAGCUCAUCGACGAGAACUUCUGCACAAGUCUGGAGUACGGUCUGCCCCCCACCGGUGGCUGGGGUAUGGGUAUCGACCGUCUCGUCAUGUUCCUCACGGACAACUACAGCAUCAAGGAGGUCCUUGCCUUCCCCUUCAUGAAGGAGGACAAGACCGCUGCCGAGACCAAGACUGCCGCCGAGGUUGUUGGUGUUGAGCCCAAGCCUGAGGAGGGAAUUCGUAAGUUGUCCAAUUCCGAAUCUUGA